AUGCUGGUCAUCAUUGACACGUUCCGCCACUGCGGGAUCCCAAGCAAGUUGGAUGGGACCGAGAACCAUCUGGUGAUGUCCCACCUGCGCGUGAGGAGCACCACCGAUGUCACUAAAGACAUGUGCCUCGGGAGGACCACGGGCGACAACACGCGCCUGCUUGGGAAGGCUCCCGAGGAGGAGGAGGAGGAGGAGGAGGAGGAGGAGGAGGAGGAGCAGCUGCAGGCGGAGGGCGUCAGGGAGGUGGGUGUGGCAACAGGGCUGGAUGUGCUGUACCAGGAGACCCCCAACUACCGGGGAGCGGCGGCCGAGGCUGACCGCAUGAUCAAGCCCAAGCAGACGGCCAGGCACGCCUGGCGAGUGCCAGACUUGGGGAUGCUAGAGCCUGCAUCUGCUAGUGCAGAUGAGGAGGGCGUUACCAAGGGGGGCUAG